GGAAACAUUUUUAGCGAUUUCUGGCCGAGGUUAACUCUAAAAAUCUUUAAAUGGCAUCACUCGUUUGGAUUUAUCUGACCGUAAUACAAACAUCGAUCCUUUUGCUUCUGACGCGUCCGCCCACGAUAUGCGUAAAAUCCAUGGGCCGCCGAUAGAUGGCUCCAUGUAAAUUCAAAUCAAAUUUUAAUUCGCGCGAUAUUCACCAAACAUCAACCGCUACAAGAGAUUAGAAAAUUAAAUUCCGAUCUGUCGCGUUCGAGCAAUCCGUCAUAUAAUUUACACCAUUGAGCUUUCUCGUGCCUCCCACCCCCGGCGGUGGCGGCGAGUCGAUAGGAGGCCGCCUCCGCCGCGACACCGCGCCGCCGCCUCUCAAAAUCGCCGCCGUCGACCGCCGUGUAAGAAGCAAUCAAUAUGCUCGUCGGGAUCGCGAUUUAACAAACUGCUCCUCGAAGAGGUUCUGCAGGUAUACUAGGUGGUUUUUCCGCAACCACUUUCGCGGCGUUGGUAAUCGUCUUGUAUUGGGUGCGGAUGAGUUCCUCGUCACGGUAAAACCAGAACCCGCAGUGGGUGUGUAUGGUUGAAGACGACGUAGCCAUAACUGGGAGAGAUGCAACCUCCUCCGAGGAAGGGAAAUUAUGCGAAGUUCCUGAAGAAUCUCCACUCGGAACAGAUUAACAAGUUAAUUUUGAAGAACCAACACGAGUGCGAUUUGCUGGAGGACAUCAGGACGUAUACGCUGAAAAAGUCGGCCAUCGAAAAAUCUUAUUCAGAAGCGCUGCUCAAAAUCUCGUCGGCGUACCUGAACAAGAAGAUUCCGAAUAUUCCCGACAUCAAGUUAGAGGGAGGUGAGGAGAAAUGGAACAUGUGGAACGUGUGGCGUACCGUGUUGGAAGAAAACGAGAAACUGGCGAGGGCGAGACUGGCCGCCGUGGAAGUUUUCCAGCAGCAGAUUGCGGACGAUGCCAAGGUGCUGCGGGCGCACAAAAUGCAAAUGGCAAAAAAGGUGGCCGACCAGCUGGCGCUGGUACAGAAAGAGCUGCAGACUUGCGUGCAGGACCUGGACAAGACGAAAAAGUUUUACUUCGACGAAGAGCACACCGCGCACGAUGUUAGAGAUAAAGCGCGAGACAUCGAGGAGAAGUUGAAGAAGAAGAAAGGAUCGUUUUUCCAGUCGAUCACGUCGUUACAGAAGAACAGCGCCAAGUUCACCACGAAACGGGAUCAGCUGGAUGAAAAGUCGACCGGUGCCAGAAACGAUUAUCUCUUGUGUUUAGCUGCCGCGAACGCUCAUCAGACUAGGUACUUCGUCAUAGAUUUGCAAUUGGGCAUGACCGCGAUGGAGAGCGGAGUCUACGACAAAGUGGCGGAAUACAUCUCUCUCUUAGGUCGUACCGAAUUGCUCACUUGCUCGGCGAUGCAAAACUCCUUCACGACGAUCCGGGACCAGGCGAAACAACUCACCAGGGAGUACAACCUGCAAUGUUGUUACUUGUACUAUCCGGUACUGAAGCAGCACAUACAGUACGAGUUUGAACCGUGUGACAACGACCCCGUAGACCACGUGACCGCGGAGCACGAGUCCGCCGCCGCGACCCUGAGCAAAGAGGCGCGAAGGUGGGCGACGAAGAUUGCCAGGGAAAACAACAACGUCAAGGAGUACGUCAGGAAGCUCCAGUUGUACAACGCGUUAAGGGAGAGCGGACAGAAGACCGAUCCCAACGAUCCGAACGGACCUGACUUGGAGACCAAGAUGGAGGAACUAAAGCAAAACAUCAGACGAUCAGAAACGGCCAAAGCUAAAGCUGAGGCGCGUAUAGAAUACCUCAGAAAAGGCGGCGUCAACGUCGACGAAUGGCUCCAGGAAGCGGAAUCGCUCAACGUUCAGGACAUACAGAGAUCCACUAGCUCGUUGUCAGAUCAUCCAAGUUCGGAUUCGUUCUAUGACAGCGAUUUCGCGGACGGUGAGCAACCCGCUGCGCAGACGGAAGCGAAGACGGACCGCGACCUGGAGGACAACCUGCCGGACCAAUUCGAAACCGCUGAGGUCGACGGUGAGUGGGCUGUGCUAGAGCAAGAACGACAAAGGAUAGAACAGCUGACGGCGGGCUGGGACGAUCCUACCCAGGUAGACUGGGGCGCGGAAGAGUCGGCAGAGGUCGCCGCCGACGGUUUCGCGCUCGAAGGGGGUGUUCAGUCCAGCGGACCUCUGUUGAAAUGUACAGCUUUAUAUUCAUAUACGGCUCAAAAUCCCGACGAACUGACGAUUGUCGAGAACGAACAGCUCGAAGUGGUAGGCGAGGGCGACGGGGACGGGUGGCUGCGGGCACGCAACUACCGCGGCGAAGAGGGUUACGUGCCCCACAAUUACCUCGACAUCGAACGCGAACAGUCGGCUACCACCCCCGGUCUUCAAACGCAGAUAUCCUUCUCAUCGGUCGAUUAUACGAUCGACAAUGAAGAGGAGGUCCAGCCGCAGACGGAAACCACCCAAUCGCCCGAACAGGUGUCUGUAAUUUCGAUGCCUAUUCAACAUAAAUCUGGCGACGUUGCUGUAUCAUACUGCGUCGCACUAUACGACUAUGAGGGCGAGGGUGGCGAAGAGCUCACCUUCGAGGAAGGUCAGAUCAUCAAGGUGCUCAGCAAGUGCGCGCACAGUAUAGACGACGGAUGGUGGCAGGGUGAACUUGAGGGUCAAAUCGGCAACUUCCCGUCGCUCGUGGUGGAAGAAUGCGACGAAUUCGGCGAGCCGCUGACGAACCAGUGGGACGAGACACCGCCACCAUCCGCUCCGCCGGUUUUCACUCCGCCAGAGAUUCCCAGGUACUUAAGGGAUGAAGACGAAGACGUGGAAGUUGACGAAGUCGUAUCCGCCGAACCGCCUCGGGUACCCGUGCCGAUCUUAAAUACGGAAGAACCGAAUUUACCUGAAGAAGAACCGAAAAACGAGACAGACGUCACGAAACAGGCGAACUUCUCCAUGGCUCUGACUAGGCACCGACACCAGCAGUAUGGAAGCCAGUUCGACGAGGGCCAAGACAUUCCGGUAAUCGGAGUGCCCACCCUCGAAAUUAGCGACGAGGAGGACGUCGAAAUAAAGGAAGACCAACAGCCUAGCGACGGGGGUGACGAUUUCGGGUUGGGCGUGGCCCAGAUCGUCAUAACGGCCGCUACACCAAUGACGGAGGAGCCCGACCAUCCGUUCCCGCCGCCGGACGAAGACGCUACGGUUAAUCAUAGCGAGGGCGGCGACGACGAGCCGGAGAUCGAGGAGGCUGUAGAUGACGUGGAACAUGACGUGGUCGGCAGGCACGGGUCUGUCCAGAUCACCGAACUGAAGGACACCGUCAACGACGUCAUCCCAGAAGAGGACGAGCCAACGGAAGCCGACGAAGAACAACCCCCCUUGGCGGUGAGCAGCAGCACCGGAAGUGACGGUGAGACCACCGGCCCGAGUACGGCUGAAAAUUCGGUCAGCCACGGACCGCCGCCGCCGCCCCCGACUGACGUGGAUCCGCCGAAGCAGGUGGUCGGCGGUCGGGCAAGCAUCCCCGACGAGCUGGAGCCGCACCAGUUGGCCAGACUGCAGGAUUUGAAGGAAUCGAACGCUUAAGACGCCGCCAUGGAAAUUGCGGGAGAGGGGUGGCGAUAACGUGCUUUUUAAUUAUCACCAAAACGAAUGACGGUGACCAAGCAAAUAUUUUUAUAACGCGGUGAAAAUUUGGAAAUCAAAUUUCACAAAAUUGCGUAAACAGUUGCAGAUAUAUUGUUUAAAUGGCGAAGGACCUUUGAAAUGUUUCCGAAAAUUAUUAAAAAUUUUACCAGCGGAUACAAAAAUUCGGCUCUUGAAAUUCGACAUCCUGUUAAAAAGACUUAUAAAUCGAGGGAAUUGGACCACAUUUUCACGAUUCUAAUAAUAAGAUUUUCUCGCUGGUACAAAGAAUGGCGAUCGUUAGUUAUGUUAGAGGCGUUUUGUGGAAUGCUCGUAGUUGGGGCACAGAAUAAAAGUCGCAUAUUCUGGGCUUUGAGUGUUAGCGUAUAAAUAUUUCGGCAGAUUAUAAGUAAUUAAGAUGUUCGGUUCAUGGGUAGAGAAAAAAAAUAUUCUAAUGCAAAGGAGACCCGAGAAGUUCUCAAUGUUUACGAACAUUGACUCCCAUGGCAAUUGAUUUGAGAGUGUGUAAACAUUCUUUUAGCUUAGCGGGUCUCCUAUUGCCAAUAGGUAAAGUUACAUGGAGAUAUACCGCGACCCAACUAAUUUUUAGGGACAUUGUGGCUACAGUUAAUUUAGAAAAAGUUAUUAAUUUUAUUACGCCGUUUUUAGAAAAUACAGAAUAUUUAUGAAAAUAUUCAGUAGUAAAGCAUAGACAAAAAUGGCAAUUUGAAAUUAGUUUGAAGCCGUGUGUUUAAAUAAAGCCGAAAUUCUUUUUUAAAUUAGUAUGGGCACGACAAUAAAAAAAUUACAUUGACUCCCAUGGCAAUUGAUUUGAGAGUGUGUAAACAUUCUUUUAGCUUAGCGGGUCUCCUAUUGCCAAUAGGUAAAGUUACAUGGAGAUAUACCGCGACCCAACUAAUUUUUAGGGACAUUGUGGCUACAAUUAAUUUAGAAAAAGUUAUUAAUUUUAUUACGCCGUUUUUAGAAAAUACAGAAUAUUUAUGAAAAUAUUCAGUAGUAAAGCAUAGACAAAAAUGGCAAUUUGAAAUUAGUUUGAAGCCGUGUGUUUAAAUAAAGCCGAAAUUCUUUUUUAAAUUAGUAUGGGCACGACAAUAAAAAAAAAGAGCUGUAACAACAGAAAAACCAAAUUUCAAUAAGUAAGUAAGUAAGACAGAGCCUAAAAUAUAUUAAAAAUCUAAUAGAUAUGGCAUCUGACUAAGCCUAAAUGGAGACAUUGUAGGAAAAGGCAAGACCACUUGACCAUUGUUUUUUGUUCCGUGGUAUAGGAUCGUAUAGGAAGGAAGUUUGUGUUUAACAAUCCAAAGCAGGAUAUAAAGAGCCGAUAUUUAUUAAAAAUGUUGGCCGUUUUGUUUGUACAAGAUAGGGAAGUAAGCGAUUCCUUCUUCUUACUCCAUAUAUCAAUCUCAAAGAAGAGUUUUGCAAUUUUUAGGUCCUAAAAAUAUACAUGUUAAUGUGGAUAAACUGGGAAAGAACGAGCGUAUCGCGAAACAUUUUAUUUACAGAUUUACAGAGAAAAUGUCUGUUAUAUAGAUAAGUUUAAAGUCGCCAUAGUUUCAAAGUUAUAUGUUGCCUAAAGCGCAUGUAAAUCGAGCAAUAGUCUCCGGAUUGGGCAGGGCUUUGAAGAUGGGAAAAUGGCAUCCAGUUAAACUUCUUAUUUUUUACAUAUUAUGUAACUUGAACUUUAUCUCAGAAAGGAUACAGGAUGAUUUAUUCGGAUUGACUUGACGCAGAUGAUCUACAGCUGUCUGAGUCAAAUAUGAGUUUAUUGCUUUUUUUGUGUUCUGUUUUACCAAAGCAAAAUAAAUAUAUUUGAGUCUGGGAAAACUGAAGGGGUAUAUCGAUAACUUUUUUCUAUUUUUACUGACUGACAUACCAACACCAUAACCUAAGAAUUAGUCGGACCCGGUAUAACUGAGAUAAAUUGAAUAGCGCUUCAAACGUCCAUUGUGAAGGCGCGUCCGCGCAAGUUCCUACGCAGAGGCGCGCGGUUCGUUUCCGGAGCGAGUAUUUUGUUAGCAAUAAGUCUGCGUUCCCUCAUUUCCUUGUAAAUAAUAGACUGUAGUUCGGGUGGGAGUGUGACAAGAAACGAACAUUGCCGAAACUAACCGCCUACGAUAUCAGUCGAAAACUAAGACGUCGGCAACCCGCUCGAUUUUGUAAGAAAUUGACUGUAAAUAUGUGGUUACCCUUUGGUCGCUCUAGCGGCGAUGUUUUUUUUCCAAUGUUGUCGCUUUUUUUGCGUCUCGCGUCGAAACGACAUGGAGUUUGUGUACAAAAGUAACGUCGAUAGGAAACUAUAUUUACUAAAAUGCGCGCGCAGGCUGAUAAUAUAUUUGUAUAGUUCCCCCGUCUUCUUUCAGCGGUGCCUUCUUAUUGUAAAACUCCAUUCUUUCACCUGUAGAUAUUUUCGGUUUUUUAUCGUCGAAUGAGGUCCUCUAUAGGUAUCUACAAGUUAAAAUGUUUUGUUUUGGGCUUUUUCCAUCCCCCCCCCGUUCGGGUUCAUAUAUUCUUACCUCAAAGUCCCUUGCGUUUCUGGUACCAGGUAUAAUAGAAGGCCUUGUUCUAAACGACAAAUUAUGUGUAACAUCAAAUACAAAUUAAUUAAAUCAUUUAUGUAGA